AUCUUUAAUUGCAAACAGAAAUAACACACUAGUAGUAAAAAAAACAUAAUCAGAGAUAGCACUAAAAAUGGCUCAAACACUUCGUUUUUCAAUUUCCUUGAUUAAUCAGAAAGAAACAAGAGUCUUAAAAUCUCUUGAUGAUUUUUUUUCCAACAAAGUUUCUUGUCCAAAAAUGAAACCAUCUAUUGGUCACAAACUCAAAGCAAAGAGUUCAAUACAAGAAACUCAUUUCACAACAGACAACAACAAUUCUGCUGUAAAGAAAGACAAGAAAUGGGAGAAGAUUCACACGUCAUCGGUCACUCAUAACCACGAUGGUGAUUCGAAUAGAGUACCGGUGUUUGUGAUGUUGCCAUUAGACACGGUAACAAUGGGAGGAAAAUUGAAUAAAGCAAGAGCAAUGAAUGCUAGUUUGAUGGCUUUGAAGAGUGCUGGUGUUGAAGGAGUAAUGGUUGAUGCUUGGUGGGGUUUGGUCGAAAAAGAUGGUCCAAUGAAGUAUAAUUGGGAAGCUUAUGCUGAACUUGUUCAGAUGGUACAAAAACAUGGUUUGAAGCUUCAAAUUGUUAUGUCUUUUCAUCAAUGUGGUGGAAAUGUUGGUGACUCUUGCAGCAUUCCUCUACCACCAUGGGUGCUAGAAGAAAUCAGGAAGAACCCUGAGUUGGUUUACACAGACAAAUUAGGAAGAAGAAAUCCAGAAUACAUCUCAUUGGGAUGUGAUUCAGUGCCUGUUCUAGCAGGAAGAACUCCACUUCAAGUCUACUCCGAUUAUAUGAGAAGCUUCCGUGAUAGGUUCACAGAUUAUUUGGGCAAUGUUAUCAUAGAAAUUCAAGUGGGGCUAGGUCCAUGUGGGGAGUUGAGAUAUCCAUCAUACCCUGAAACUGAUGGAACUUGGAAGUUUCCAGGAAUUGGAGAAUUCCAGUGCUAUGACAAGUAUAUGAGAUCAUCCUUGGAAGCAACAGCAGGAGCAAUUGGGAAGAAAGAGUGGGGAACAAGUGGACCCCAUGACUCAGGACAAUACAAUCAAUUUCCUGAGGAUACUGGAUUUUUCAAAAGAGAAGGAACAUGGAACACAGAAUAUGGAGAUUUCUUCCUUGAUUGGUACUCAAGCAAGCUUGUUGAACAUGGUGAGAAAAUUCUUGUAUCAGCUAAAAGCAUAUUCCAAACAAGUGGAGUGAAACUAUCUGCCAAAAUAGCUGGAAUUCAUUGGCAUUACAAUGCAAGAUCACAUGCAACUGAAUUAACUGCAGGUUACUAUAACACAAAGUUUCAUGAUGGUUAUAUACCAAUAGCACAAAUGCUAGCAAAACAUGGAGUUAUAUUGAAUUUCACAUGCAUGGAAAUGAAGGAUAAUGAACAACCUUGUGAUGCAAAUUGUUCACCAGAAGGAUUGGUAAAUCAAGUGAGAAUGGCAACAAAGAUUGCAGGUGGUGAACUUGCUGGUGAGAAUGCUUUGGAGAGAUAUGAUUCAAGUGCUUAUGGUCAAGUUUUGUCAACAAGUGGAUUAAGUGCUUUUACAUAUCUAAGAAUAAAUAAGAGGUUGCUUGAGGGUGAUAAUUGGAGGAAAUUUGUGGAUUUUGUUGUGAGUAUGUCUGAUGGUGGUAAACUAAGGCUUGCUGAAUCUGAUUCAUAUGGGACUGAUCUUUAUGUUGGACACAUAAUUAAGGAAAAUGAUGUUAUAAUAGAGGUUGCUCUUGUGUGAACAUUGAACACAUAUAUCAUGUUAUGUUGAUGGGUCAUGUAUAUAGUUAUUAAAAGCAUGUUGAAUUAUUAGGUUUUAUUUUUAUAUUUGUUUUGUUUUUCAAUGCACCCCUGGAUAAUUUGGUGGUGUUCCGAAUGUAUUGACUUUUAUAUUGUAUUGACCUGAAUGAUGAAAUUUUAUAUAAACUUUUCUUAGAUAUUA